AGGAUGAAUUUAAGUCUCCAAGAAACAAUGGCACCAAUGUCAGAGAUGGAUCAGCACUAUCAAAAGGAACAAUGGAUAGUGGCUUGGGUCUUGAUGAUGAGGGUGUAGGCAACCAUCUACCAGGAACAGUAGAGGCAGCUUCUCCAAGGAGGACACAUGUUUUGAAUAAUGAUUUGUCUCUACUGAACAACAGACAAGCAGACACAAGGGAAAGGCAAACUUCCACAGAUAUCCUGGAGGAGCUUAUGUCUGAAGGAAUAAUCAAGGGUCAGAGCACGGUUGUUAGGAAUGGGGAAGCGUACGAUGUCAUGAUGGAAACACCUGGGAAGCCUCUAAGGAGACCUCCAGCAAAGUUGGAGAAACUGAAAACCAAAAAGAAGAAAAAUAAAAGCCUAACUAAAGAAGAUAUUGAAGCUAAAAUGAAGGCUGCUGAAGAGAGAAGAAAGACAAAGGAAGAGGAACUAAAGAAAAGGUUGCGUGAAAGGCCAGUGACUGCUUUGCCUAGUCAGUCUCAAUUUAGAAGGGUAGGGGCUUUCACUCCUGAUGAUGGACAAGAAGGUGAAGAAACAACUCCUACUGAAACAUUAGAUUCUGCAGCACUGGAAAAUGUAAUGAGUGAACCAACAGAGAGUCUCAGAAUUCCAGCUGAAGAGUCUGAUGAAAUAGGUGCUGUGGAAUCUGACAACACCUAUAACAAACCUAGUGAC